UUUGUAUCACUAUUGGUAUUUUUUCCACUGGCGAUUCCCGUGCGUUUGUGGAUUGCAAGCCGUCCUUGCAGUCCGGUUGUUCACUGCAUUUUGUCUGCAGAUCCUCCCUUUGUUUGCACACAUCCCCCUGUUAUUUUUUAGUAUUAAACCCCCCAUCCCCCCACCCCCAUCGUUGUCGUUCGUGGUUAAAGUCACUCUUUUUUCGGGGGGCGCUGUAUUUAAGCACUUAAGAUGCACUGCUAUCUCCUGAGCGUGUUCCUCACCCUGGAUCUGGCCGCCGUGGCUCUCAGCCUGUCUACCUGCAGCACCCUCGACAUGGAUCAGUUCAUGCGCAAGAGGAUCGAGGCGAUCCGGGGGCAGAUCCUGAGCAAGCUGAAGCUCACCAGCCCCCCGGACGAGUACCCCGAGCCCGAGGAGGUGCCCCCGGAGGUCAUCUCCAUCUACAACAGCACCAGGGACCUGCUGCAGGAGAAAGCCAACCACAGAGCCGCCACUUGCGAGAGGGAGCGGAGCGACGAGGAGUACUACGCCAAAGAAGUUUACAAAAUAGACAUGCAGCCUUUUUACCCCGAAAAUGCCAUCCCACCAAGCUAUUACAGCCUUUACUUCAGAAUCGUUAGAUUUGACGUCUCGGCGAUGGAGAAAAAUGCAUCCAACUUGGUGAAGGCUGAGUUCAGGGUCUUCCGCCUGCAGAACUCGAAGGCACGGGUCUCGGAGCAGCGAAUUGAGCUGUACCAGGUUCUGAAAUCAAAAGAAUUAUCAUCACCAGGACAGCGCUACAUCGACAGCAAAGUGGUUAAAACGAGAGCUGAAGGAGAAUGGUUGUCUUUUGAUGUCACUGAGGCUGUGCAUGAAUGGCUCCAUCACAGAGACAGGAACCUUGGAUUUAAGAUAAGCUUACACUGUCCAUGCUGCACCUUUGUGCCUUCCAAUAAUUAUAUCAUCCCAAAUAAAAGUGAGGAGCUUGAAGCAAGAUUUGCAGGUAUUGAUGACUACACAUAUUCCAGUGGUGAUGUGAAAGCUUUAAAGUCCAAUAGGAAAAAAUACAGUGGGAAGACCCCACAUCUUCUGCUAAUGUUGUUACCCUCCUACAGACUUGAGUCGCAACAGCCCAGUCGGCGGAAGAAGCGUGCUCUAGAUGCUGCCUAUUGUUUUAGGAACGUGCAGGAUAAUUGUUGCCUGCGUCCACUUUAUAUUGACUUCAAGAGGGAUCUUGGCUGGAAAUGGAUUCAUGAACCUAAAGGAUAUCAUGCCAAUUUCUGUGCAGGAGCCUGCCCAUAUUUAUGGAGCUCAGAUACUCAGCACAGCAGAGUACUCAGCUUGUAUAACACCAUAAAUCCAGAAGCUUCUGCCUCUCCAUGCUGCGUGUCCCAGGAUUUAGAACCCCUCACCAUCCUCUACUACAUUGGCAAAACACCCAAAAUUGAACAGCUGUCCAACAUGAUUGUAAAGUCUUGCAAAUGCAGCUAAAGGAUACCCCAGAAGCAACGUGACAUGUGUGUAUCAAAAAAUAAAAAUAAAAAUAAUAACCAAGGAAAAAAGAAAGAGAGAGCGAGGAGGAAAGAAAGAAAAACGAAAAUCCAGGAUCAUCAGUGUUAAAAGGAAAAAAAAAAAAAAAACAAAGAAGAAAAAAAAGCGGUACUAGUCUGAACUGUUUGAAAGUUUGUUUUUGUUUUUGUUUUUUUUUUUUAAACUGGCAUCUGAAGCAAAACAUUGAAGGCCUUUAUCUUACAUUUCACUACACAUAGUGUGAGAUAGACAAGAAGCAAAGUUAAAGGAAAAAAAAAAAAAACCUUUUAAAAAAUAAACACUGGAAGAAAUUUGUUAGUGUUACUAUGUGAAAGGAAAAAAACAGGAAAAUCCCAUGAAGUGGAGUUGCUGUAUCUGUCCCGUGCCUUACUUGAUCUCUCUGUAUUGUUAUGCAAUAGGCAUCCUACCCAUUCCUCUUAGUUGUAGAGUUAACAGUGCAUUAUUUAUUUGUGUGUAAAAACUAUCAAAUGAACAUUUCCAUAUUGCCAUUGGAAAAAGAAAACCAGCAAAUGUGGACAAAAUGGAGACCAAAUAAACUGCCAGAAAUACAUAGAAAGCCUAAAGGAAUACAAGCUCAAAAGUUUCAGAAAGUAAUGGUUAGUUUAGUUGGAUUUAAAUAGAAAUCAGUUAUUACACUAUUGAGAAACUCUGCCUUUAAAAUACCUUAUUUUUCAUGCCAGCUGCCUGGAGAGGCUUCUUGUAAGGUCUCAAACCCUUGUUUUAAAUACUGAAUAACUUACUAAUAAAGGACACUCUGUUUCAGUCUCAAAGACAAGUCUAUAAGAUUUUUUUUUUUUACUGUAAAUGAUUUAAAUGUCAGUUUAGUAAACCAGUGAAAUAUUUAACAUGUACUGGUCUAAUCUUCAGACCUUAAUAUGUUGCUGUAUAGCUAUGCUAUGGGAUUUUUUGUUCUUUUGGUAUAUGUAACCAUACCUAGAGUAUUGCAAUAGGUGGGUAGUAAAAGCCAGCUUAAUUGGAAACAUAUCUGUAGAUCUCUAUUUGUAAACUAUUAAAAAAUUAAGUACUUUAUGUGUAAUGUGUAAAUUUUCACCAUAUUUUUGUACUCUGUAAUACUGUCAGCUCUCAUGAGUUUGAAUUUGAAUUUGGGGCUCUUUUUGAUCACUCAGAAUCACGUGUUUCCCUCUAGCUGGCCAGUAUGAGUAGAGUCCCUAUAUUUUGACUUGCACUACAAAUACAUGUUUUAUAAUAAUUGCUAUACAUGUGCUUUGUAUAUUGUUCAUCAUUAUGACAUAAGCUACCUGACUCCAUUUGUGUUUUUUUUUUUUGUUUUUUAUUUUUGUUUUGUUUUUGUUUUAUAAAAAAGGAUGGAUUAAAGUGCUCUCUCCUCCCCUCCUUCCCUCCCUCCUCUCUCAUCCCCAUUUGUAACACUUGAAUCGUGAUGCGGUUCAGAGGCAGAGAGUGACAUCUGCUCCUGUGCAAAAAGCUGGUACAGAGUAUCUGCCUCAGCAAUGCCUUUGCAUGGGGCAUGCAUUGGAGCAGGCUACCCUGGGGCUCACACACAGCAGGACUUGCCCUGCCAUUAAGCUGUGGGGCUGAUCCUGCUCCCAACGCACUAACAGAGGCUUGCCUUUAACUUCUGCAGUGGCAUGGCAGGAUUUGCAGGGUCAAACUCUUGAUUUUUUGAGUUUUCAAACUUAUUAAAAGAAAAAAAUGGAAAAAGAAAUAUGGGGUCUCUAGGGCUUUGUUGCUGUUACGCAUUUGAAUAUUGUAGAGGGAGUUGAAAAAUAAUCCACAUCAUACAUUUCUUUUCUAAAAAGUUUAAAUUGGCAAAAAAAAAGUCAUGAAGAAGACACAAUCAUAUGAUGAAUGGUUUUGCAUGGCAGAGCUUGAAAACUGCGCUAGAAACAUGCUACUUGGAUGAGAAGGACAUUUUCUGUCAUUGACCUGAGUGGUGUCAGGAGCAUGCUCCUGAGCUUUAUGUUGUCAACUCCAGUUCUAAGAUGUGCAAUUUCUUUGACUUCAGCAGAACACUGAUGCAAAGCUGAAGUACCGCAGCGGCUUGCACCCGCCGCUCCUCAGGACUUCAGCAGAGUCUAUGCUUACUGCCUACAUGGACACGUAGACCCACAGUUGAUCUAAUCCCACCCAUUGACUCAGCACAGAGGAGGAGGUAUGUUAGACUUCUGAUUUAUUUAGCGAGUUGAAAUGAACAAGUGAAAAAUCUGUCCUGCUAACACUUGCUUGAGCCAGACUUACUCCAGUGAGAAGAUGCACUGAACUCAGUGAAACUCCUCAGGGUAGUAAAUACUCUGGAUUUUGCUGCAUACAGCAGCAAAAUUAGUUUUAUCAGGUUCAGUAUGAGAAAACUGUAUUUUUGUUGGACAGGAAGGGAGACAUGGAUGAACACGUUUCAAAAGGCUUAAGAACAUUUUUGCAAUUCUCUGCUAUGGGAAUGCAACUUAGAGUGGAUUUGAAGCUUUGGAAAAGUGGAGUACAAGAUAGCAUAGUUGUCCAAUUAUACUCACUAUGCGCUGGACGCAGCUGAAGAUUUUGGUUUGGGUUUGGAGCUUUUGUUGUCUAAAUUUAAACAUAAAGCCUUAUUUCUGUUAAUCACUACCACAAGAUCAGAUACUUUUUUUUUUUUUUAAGUUUUUUUUCCUCAAAAUGCACUGAUAGUAUUUGAGAUAUUGUUAUAAAUCUCCUACAACUUUUUUUUCUCCACUUUAUUAGGCAUGCAUUUUGCUUAAUUACCAGGGACACUAUUAGACCUGAUCCUACAGUGCGCAGAACUCAUGGGUGAAACACCCCUCUAUAGAGUGGUGUGAUGUGAAGCCAAACACCACUCAGGUCUGAUGUUGAUUACCACCCCCUCCCCCCAUCAAAUGAUGUUUAGAUGGGACUGCAACAGUUUAAACUGUCACAAUAAGUAGGUAGCUGCUACCAUCUCAGCAAAGUCCCUGAGCAUUGGUGAUGCCCAGCACCUGGCAGGAAAUGUUUCGCACUUUGAAAGGUCAGACCCAAAGGAGCUGUGUGAGCUUGAGGGGGGUCUUAGCACUUAGCUGAGUGGGUUAGGACAGCAUUUUUUAUGUGUUUAGCAACAACACGAUUGUAUGGUUGGUGUGGUUUAAAAGAAAAAAAAAAAAAAAGGAACUUAAAGGACAGCUGUGUUGUACUUUGGUGAUCGAUUACUCUGUAUUUUAACACAUUGUAUGUCUGUUUUUGUGGUGCUCUAGUGGUAAAUAAAUUAUUUCAAUUAUA